AUGUUUCUUUACUUAGCUUUAGUCGAAAAUUAUCUUGAUUCCCAUAGGCACAUUUAUAAGAUACCGGAGGCAGUUUCAAACAGCUACAGCGAAACUGACCAUCCUUAUGAAUUUAAUUUGCUAGAAACAAGACCAAGAUCAGGAGACUAUAACACUGCAGACCUUAAUUCACUUGUUGAUACAAUUUCACGUGAUUUUGAAAUUGAUAGAGACAAAGUUCAAAAUUAUUUUGAUCGAUGCAGAUGGGCUGCCUAUGCAAAACAACUGUUUAAUAAAAUCCAAUUUAAUGCUCAAGCUAAAUGA